AUGUAUCCAUAUGUUGUAGUCUCAAGAUCUAUUCAAGUUUUAAUGGAGAAGAGACAAGACGAGACUUUUAAAUAUUUGUUUUCGAACAUUAAUAAUAAUAAUACAAUUCAACAAACACACAAUGUAGAAUGUGUUUUCGAAACACAAUACAACAGCACUGGUAGUGGUGGUUAUGAAAGCAAACUGAUUAUUAGAGUACAUGAAUCGAAAAAGAGACAACUUUUACGUCAAUGUCUUGCCGAGUUUGUCGGUCUCAUGUUCUUUACAUUUAUGGUUGGUGGUUCCGUCAUCACUGCCAACUUUUACUUUUCCGAUCCAGUCAUUAAAAUCGUCCUCAUUGCCCUCAUUCAAGCCAUGACUCUUGCCGCCAUCAUCUGGUUCACCAGUGGUGUAUCUGGUUGUCAGUUGAACCCCGCCGUCACAGUCUCUCUUGUAUUUACUGGUCGUAUGGGUAUUUUGAAUGGUAUUUUAUUCAUCAUUAUGCAAUGUUGUGGUGCUCUCGCCGGUAGUGCUUUAAUUAAAGCUGCUGUUCCAGGUCAUUAUGAAGGAAAUUUAGGAGCAACAACAUUAGCACCAACUAUUCCAUUUGCAAGAGGAUUCUUUUUAGAAAUGAUGGGAACUUGUUUGUUAUGUUUGGUAGUACUUGGUAUGUCAGUCUACAAUGAAUGGGAUCCAAAGUUGGGUAGAUAUGCUCCACUUGGUAUUGGAUGCGCUGUCUAUGCUGGUGUUGCCAUGUUGAACCCAUACACUGGUGGAUCACUCAACCCAGCCCGUUCAUUCGGUCCAGCUGUACUCUCAGACACAUGGCACUACCAUUACCUCUAUUGGUUUGGACCAAUUGCAGGUGGUAUCGUUGCUGCUCUCCUUUGGAGAUUUAUCCUAUCUGAAAAGGUUGCUCUUGUCGAUCGUCCAUACGCCGAUUAUGCCAAUACCCCAGCCAAUGCUGGUGGUCAUGCUGGUAAAUAA